AUGGAUUUGGGCAGCUCAACAUCGUUCACAUUGUCGAUUUUGGAAAACAAUCUCCAUGGUCACUUCGACAGAGUCACCAAUAAUAACUAUCUCGCGUUUGCAGCGGAACACCUCCUACAUGGAGGACGUCACGACGUAAAACUCAGAGUUAAAUGCUGCUCACUCAGAUUCAGAUGUCAUGCCUCAACGAGCCAUUCUGAGAUUCACUCAGAUCUUCUGGAAAUCCUUCCACAUUUCCGUAAUUAUUUGGGGUCAGGUUUAGUUGGCAGAUUCUGUGCUUUACAUCGGAUUGUGGGAGAAGCUGUUUAUGAAUCUGUUUUCGGUAACAAAGUUUGUUUUGUUCAUGAUAUCUAUGUUGGAAGCUAUCAAACAUGAUAUUGUAUUUCGAGUUUGAGAAAAUAUGGAGGAAUCAAAGGAUGAAACAAAGCCGGUGGAAGCACAAGGUCAUAAUACCCAAUGGUGGCCGACAGGUCUUAUUGAGAAACUGCGGUCAAUUUCUCUGGUUCCUUCAGAAGAAACCUCAAGUUCUAAAGGAUCAAGAGUACAGCUUGACACUGAGAGCACAUUUCAAGUGGCAUCACAGACAUUGUGGGACACUGGAAAGCUAGCCGAACCUAUUCCUGAUGGUUUCUAUUUUGUCAGUCCUGAAAGAAGAUUUAAGGAGCUUUUUGAUACUAUUCCGACAUUAGAUGAGCUCCAGGCAAUGGAUGCUGAGGGGAUCAGACCACAUGUGAUUCUUGUAGAUGCAGGUAAAGAUAAGAAGCUUUCCAUGUUGAAGCAGCUUGCUAUCACUUUGGUGAGAGGACUGAACUCGAAUCCUGCUUCUAUGAUCAAGAAAAUAGCUGGAUUGCCUGAACAUAGGUUUGUGAUUUCUUCAAAAGACCAAAAUCGGAACCCGACUAUGUGAAAGGUGCACUCGAAGAAGUCUCUCAUGCACUCGAUAAUCAAGGUAUCCAUUUGCUGGGACACAUAAAGCGCGGCUCCUGCCAUUCCAGGGCUAUCUUAUUCAAAGUUCUCGCUGAUACUGUCGGCCUGGAAAGUAUGCUUGUGGUGGGUUUACCUAGAGAUGGAAUAAUGGAGCGAACAGAUACAUAUAAGCACAUAUCUGUUGUAGUUGUUUUAAAUUCUGUAGAAUUUUUGGUUGAUCUUGGGCGUAAUCCUGGCAAGCUGCUGUCAUGCUCGGUAAAGGCUGUUUUUCUCUCUCAUCCCUCUGCGGGAGAGAGUGACUCUGCUGAAAAUGACUCGUAUGAUUCUCCCAUCGAAUCAAACAGCCCUAUGUGCGUCUUUCCAGAUCAAACCCAAGUUGAGGGGUUAUCGCAUAGUGAACCAAAUGUGGCAAAUUCAUUUUGGCAGCAUAGCCUGAAGAAAGACGUAGCUGAACAGAAGACAGCAGGUUCAAGUCCAGAACACCCUUUCUUCCGUGGGCAUGGGAGAUCUUUGCUUGGAGGUCGUAGGCAUUCAUUUCGAGAGUACAGCAAUGAUAUUAAUGCAUCAAGGUCCGCUGGUCAAUCUCCAGUAGAAGCUCGUAGGAGAAGACGGCGCUGUAUUAGCAUGAUUCCUGAGAUUGGGGAUGAUACCGUAAGGGCUGUUCGGAGGAUGAGUGAAACUCUCAAGAAAAAUCGUCUCCCCGAAGAACAAGUAAAUUUCACACUUAGUUCGAGUAGUGGGAAGGAUGACAAUUCAGAUGUCCGAGAAAGCGUGGCGGGGAAAAGUCCAGGUGGCAGUGAUGGAAUCGAUGAUCAGAAACCUUUGUCGUAUAAUUUUCCGUCCAAACAAAUAAAUCCACACAAGGCAAUCUCAUUGCCUUCAUCCCCUCAACAUUGUUCCCAUCAAGCUUCUCUUGGGAAUGACACUUCAGGAAUUUUUGUGCGUCCUGAUAUGAUGGAAACAUUCAAUAAAGUCCUUGAAUCAUCAAAGUUUGUGAACAAGCCAUUGUUACCCUUCCCAGAAUGGAACAUUGAUUUUUCCGAGAUAACCAUCGGAACUCGCGUGGGAAUCGGAUUCUUUGGGGAAGUUUUCCGUGGCACUUGGAAUGGAUUAGAGGUUGCUAUUAAAUUGUUCUUGGAACAGGAUCUCACUGUCGAGAAUAUUGAAGAUUUUUGCAAUGAAAUAUCAAUCUUGAGCCGCACUCGUCACCCAAAUGUUAUAUUAUUCCUUGGAGCUUGUACAACUCCCCCUCGCCUCUCGUUAGUUACUGAAUAUAUGGAGAUGGGAUCACUAUAUUUCUUGAUCCACGGAAGUGGGUUGAAAAAGAAGUUGAGCUGGCAAAGGAGGCUCAAAAUGCUUUGUGAUAUAUGCAGGGGACUAAUGAGCAUCCAUAGGAUGAAAAUCGUGCACCGUGAUCUGAAGAGCGCGAAUUGCCUGGUGAACAAGCACUGGACAGUCAAGAUAUGCGAUUUCGGGCUUUCGCGGGUACUUACUACCCGGCCCAUGAAAGACACUUCUUCAGCAGGAACACCUGAAUGGAUGGCACCUGAACUCAUCAGAAACGAGCCCUUCACUGAGAAGUGUGAUAUUUUCAGCCUUGGCGUUAUCAUGUGGGAGCUUUGCACGCUCAGCAGGCCAUGGGAGGGCGUACCAUCAGUUCAGGUUGUUUAUAACGUCGGCAAUGAUGGGCAGAAGCUGGAAAUUCCGGAAGGUCCUUUGGGCAAGCUGAUAGCAGAUUGCUGGGCUGAACCAGAUGAACGGCCGAGCUGUCAGGAGGUUCUUUCUCGUCUGCAAGAGUGUGAAUAUUUGUUGUGCUAAUGAUAGUGAGUGGUUCUCUCUGUAACGGAAAAUGAUGAGUCAGUUAUCGGAAUGUAUAUCUUGGCAGGUUUUUGUGUGGUUCUUGCUAAUGGGAACAACAGUUUUCAAAUAGAGGAAUAGUUGUCACAAGGACAGAAAAGAAGAACAAAAAAAGGAACAAGGAAAUUCUACAUAGCUAAACGAAUAUGUUGUACUUAUAAAUAAAAUGUAACAUUUGAAAUCGAUCCCAUGUUGAGUGGGUGAAGAAAAGAACUCCAGC